AUGCCAGAGAACCUGAAUCUUCUUCGGGCUUUUGGGGGCUUUUUCUUUAUCUUCUGGACAGCUUUUAACACAGCCUUAGUGGAUGUGGUUGGAUCGGAGCAGCAGAUCCCCUUGUCAGUUGUAAAGCUCUGGGCCUCAGCAUUUGGUGGAGAGAUCAAAUCUAUUGCAGCCAAAUACUCAGGUUCCCAGCUCCUACAGAAGAAAUACAAAGAAUAUGAGAAGGAUGUUGCAAUAGAAGAAAUUGAUGGCCUUCAGCUUGUGAAAAAGUUAGCAAAGAAUAUGGAAGAAAUGUUUCAUAAGAAGUCUGAAGCCGUACGGCGUCUUGUUGAAGCUGCAGAAGAUGCUUACCUGAAACAUGAAUUUGAUGCUGACUUACAGUAUGAAUACUUCAAUGCUGUGCUCAUAAAUGAACGAGAUGAAGAAGGAAACUAUCUGGAGCUGGGGAAGGAGUUCAUUCUGGUGCCAAACGACCACUUCAACAACUUGCCUGUGAAUAUCAGUCUGAGUGAUGUCCAAGUACCCACCAACAUGUACAAUAAGGAUCCAGCCAUUGUAAAUGGAGUUUAUUGGUCAGAAUCUUUAAAUAAGGUGUUCGUUGAUAACUUUGAUCGUGACCCUUCUCUCAUCUGGCAGUACUUUGGAAGUGCAAAAGGAUUUUUCAGGCAAUAUCCAGGAAUUAAAUGGGAACCUGAUGAGAAUGGAGUCAUUGCAUUUGACUGCAGAAACAGAAAGUGGUACAUCCAGGCAGCAACUUCUCCAAAAGAUGUGGUAAUUUUAGUGGAUGUCAGUGGCAGUAUGAAAGGGCUUCGCUUGACUAUUGCAAAACAGACAGUUUCAUCUAUUUUGGAUACCCUUGGAGAUGAUGACUUCUUCAAUAUAAUUGCUUAUAAUGAAGAACUCCACUAUGUAGAACCGUGUCUGAAUGGAACAUUAGUUCAAGCAGACAGAGCCAACAAAGAGCAUUUCAGGGAACACCUUGACAAACUUUUUGCAAAAGGAAUUGGAAUGCUGGACAUUGCUUUAAAUGAAGCUUUCAACAUGCUCAAUGAAUUCAAUCACACAGGACAAGGAAGCAUUUGCAGCCAAGCCAUAAUGCUGAUCACUGAUGGAGCUGUGGACACAUAUGACACCAUAUUUGCAAAAUACAAUUGGCCAGACAGAAAAGUCCGCAUUUUUACCUACCUGAUUGGAAGAGAAGCUGCAUUUGCAGAUAACCUGAAGUGGAUGGCCUGUGCUAACAAAGGGUUUUUUACUCAGAUCUCUACCCUGGCUGAUGUGCAGGAGAACGUUAUGGAAUAUCUCCAUGUUCUCAGCCGACCAAAGGUCAUUGACCAGGAGCACGAUGUCGUGUGGACUGAAGCAUACAUUGAUAGCACUCUCCCUCAGGCACAAAAGCUUGCUGAUGAUCAGGGAUUGGUGUUGAUGACAACUGUUGCCAUGCCAGUAUUUAGUAAGCAAAACGAGACUAGGUCUAAAGGGAUUCUCCUGGGAGUAGUUGGCACAGAUGUUCCAGUUAAAGAGCUUUUAAAAACGAUUCCAAAAUACAAGUUAGGAAUUCAUGGAUAUGCUUUUGCAAUUACAAACAAUGGAUAUAUUUUGACUCACCCAGAACUCAGGCCUUUGUAUGAAGAGGGGAAGAAACGAAGAAAGCCCAACUACAGUAGUGUGGAUCUUUCUGAGGUGGAGUGGGAAGACAGAGAUGAUGUGCUUCGAAAUGCAAUGGUGAACCGCAAAACAGGAAAAUUCUCCAUGGAAGUGAAGAAGACAGUGGACAAAGGGAAGCGGGUCCUGGUGAUGACAAAUGACUACUAUUAUACAGACAUCAAGGGUACUCCAUUCAGUUUAGGUGUGGCUCUCUCUAGAGGACAUGGAAAAUACUUCUUCAGAGGGAAUGUAACUGUAGAAGAAGGUUUACAUGAUUUAGAACACCCUGAUGUAUCUUUAGCAGACGAAUGGUCCUACUGCAACACUGACUUGCACCCUGAGCACCGGCAGAUGACGCAGUUGGAAGCAAUCAAACGCUACCUCACAGGGAAGGAGCCCCUGCUCCAAUGUGAUAAAGAAUUGAUCCAGGAAGUUUUGUUUGAUGCUGUUGUGAGUGCACCAAUUGAAGCUUAUUGGACCAGUCUAGCAUUGAAUAAAUCAGAGAACUCUGACAAGGGGGUGGAAGUUGCCUUCCUUGGGACACGGACUGGACUCUCUCGGAUCAACCUGUUUGUGGGCCCAGAGCAGCUGACCAACCAAGACUUCCUGACAGCUGAAGAUAAGGAGAACAUUUUUAAUGCUGACCAUUUUCCACUCUGGUACAGAAGAGCUGCUGAACAAAUACCUGGGAGCUUUGUCUACUCAAUCCCAUUCAGCACAGAAACUGCCAACAAGAGCAAUGUGGUGACAGCCAGUACUGCUAUUCAGCUUCUGGAUGACAGGAAAUCUCCAGUGGUUGCAGCUGUAGGUAUCCAGAUGAAACUUGAAUUUUUCCAGCGGAAAUUUUGGACUGCAAGCAGACAGUGUGCAUCUCUCGAUGGCAGAUGUGCUAUAAGUUGUGAUGAUGAAACAAUCAACUGUUACCUAAUAGAUAACAAUGGAUUUAUUUUAGUGUCUGAAGACUAUCAACAGACUGGUUACUUUUUUGGGGAGGUUGAAGGGGCUGUGAUGAACAAAUUACUAACAAUGGGCUCUUUCAAGAGAAUUACACUUUAUGACUACCAGGCCAUGUGUAGGACAAACAAAGAGAGUAGCGACAGUGCCCAUAGCUUACUGGACCCUUAUAAUGCCUUCUUUGCUGCAGUAAAGUGGAUUAUGACUGAACUUGUCUUGUUCCUUGUGGAAUUUAAUCUAUGCAGUUGGUGGCACUCUGAUCUAACAGCUAAAGCGCAGAGGUUGAAACAAACCCUAGAGCCCUGUGACACAGAAUAUCCAGCCUUUGUUUCCGAGCGCACUAUAAAGGAGACCACGGGGAAUAUUGCUUGCGAUGACUGUUUCAAGUCUUUUGUUAUCCAGCAGAUCCCAAGUAGCAACCUCUUCAUGGUGGUAGUAGAUAAUGAAUGCUUCUGUGAUUCUAUCCCACCAAUUACCAUGGCACCUAUAGAAAUAAGAUAUAAUGAAUCCCUGAAAUGUGAGCGGUUAAAAUCUCAGAAGAUAAGAAGGCGCCCAGAAUCUUGUCAUGGAUUUCACCCUGAAGAAAAUGCAAGAGAAUGUGGCGGUGUCUCAGGCCUUAGUGCUAAACCUUCUCUUGUUCUUCUUCCUCUGCUAUUGAUGAUUUUCUCCAGGUGACAUUGACUGAUGUGUUCAACUGGCAUGCUAAAACAUGGAUAAACUGUGAACUGGGAAAUGGUGCAACAUAGAGGACAUGAAAUAUAGUCAGAGCAUCAGCAUUUCAUGAUUUUAAACUGUUGGUGAUAUAAAUUCUUAAAGAUAUGUUGAAAAAAGAUUUAUCUUUUUACUUUGCAAGUCGUGCAGAUGUGAAUUUGGCAUAUGGCAGUCAUGAUUCAUCAAAAAAGGACUUGGUAGAUAGAGGUGACCAUUGCUUUGUCCCAUUGAAAACAAUUUAAACUGUGUACUUUUUUCAAUAAAGUAUAUUAAAAUCACAGUUUCAGAGUGUAUUUUAAGUAUGCUAAUAUAUUUGUUCAAAUAAUGAAUGAUGGGAAGAAAAUAAAAUAAAUGGAUGAUAUUUUA